UCCUUUAAUCCUGUUGACGUCGCUGUAAAGCUCUGCCAGAACUUCUGCGUCGGGCGUGGAUCUGCUCGCCUUCCAGCAGCCAGGAACCGGCGCGUGGUUUCCCGAACCGGGAGAGGCUUCGUUAAUCCGGGUUCCCUGUGCUUGUGUCCAGCUCUUCUUGGCCGUGUCUGAAAGCAGCCAGCAGAACAGUUCUGUGGAGCUUCCACGGGAGCUCUGGAAGCCGAAUUGAUGCCUUUCUGUAUUUGGCCUGGCUAGUUAUGAACUUCUCCCUGUUUAGCAGGUGUUUAAGGUGGGAUACGCUUCCUCUGGAUAGCCCGUUCCCGUGGGAAGGCAUGGCUCUGCUGAAGGUGCACGGGCCCAUCCGGAUGCGCAGCAUGCAGACCGGGAUCACGAAGUGGAGAGAAGGGAGCUUUGAGAUCGUGGAGAAGGACAACAAAGUCAACCUAGUGGUUCGCUACAAUGCUGGAGGAAUUCCAAAGACAUUUCAGCUAAGCCAUAACAUUAAAACUGUGACCUUACGACCAAAUGGUAAAAAGGUGUGCUGCCUGAUGCUGACACUGAAGGAUACCAGCUUCCUGACGAUUGAUAAGGUACCGCUGAAAGACGCAAAUGAAAUGCGGAUGUAUUUGGAUGCCAUCCGGCAAGACAGGGUUCAUACUGCUGGGAAACCUUCUCAGGGAUCUGGCAGCUUUGGAGGUGUGCUGGGCAGCAGGACCACACAGAAGGAAGCUAAUAGGCAAUUCUCUUAUAUUGAGAACCAGAAUACUCCCAAAAGAGCUACUACCAUGGAAAGUAAGGAGGAACCUCCGUUUCGCAAGGUGCUGCGAACCACAGCAAGAGCAUCUGUUAAGAAUUCCCCUGGCACUGGAACAGCAAGCAACAGGGUGAACAUUUCAGCAUCUCCUGCUUCAUCAGUCCCUCACAGAACAGGCUUGUUGGAGAAUCGUGAAAAGAGGAAAAGAACACCUGGUUCAGAAAUGAGUGAAGAUUAUCCCAAAGAGAAUGAUUCUUCAACGAAUAAUAAAGCCUUGAGUGAUCCAGCAUGGAAAUACCUAAAUAGUAGCAGAGAGAAACAGUUGAAUCUGAAGCAGGCAGAGGAAAAUAGAACAUCAGGUAUUUUACCACUACAGUCAUCAUCCUUCUAUGGCAGCAGGUCCUCAUCAAAAGAGUACUCCACUGGCAGUUCCACCCUGGACAGGUCUACUGUAUCUAGCCAGUCCCCUUCAGCCAAAAGAAGCCUGGGAUUUCUUUCUCAGCCUGCCCCUCUUUCUGUUAAAAAAAUGAGAUCUAAUCAAGAUUACACAGGGUGGAACAAACCCCGAGUGCCUCCUUCCACCCAUCCUCAACAACAAUUGCAAGGAUUUUCAAACUUGGGAAACACCUGCUAUAUGAAUGCCAUUCUACAAUCCUUGUUUUCAAUUCAGUCUUUUGCUAAUGAUUUACUCAAGCAGGGUAUCCCAUGGAAAAAAAUUCCACUCAAUGCACUUAUCAGACGUUUUGCCCAUCUGCUUGCUAAAAAGGAUGUUUGCAGCCCUGAGGUUAAGAAAGAGCUGCUCAAGAAGGUGAAAAGUGCAAUUUCAGCUACUGCAGAGAGAUUUUCUGGGUACAUGCAGAAUGAUGCACAUGAGUUCUUGAGCCAGUGUCUGGAUCAGCUGAAGGAGGACAUGGAGAAGUUAAACAAAACUUGGAAGAGUGAGCCAGUUCCUAAUGAAGAUAACUCACCCGAACGGGCUUCAGAUGACCUCUCAGCCACCAAAGUUUAUACAUGUCCAGUCAUCAGUAACUUAGAGUUUGAGGUUCAGCAUUCUAUCAUUUGCAAAACGUGUGGUGAAACAGUCAUCAAACGAGAACAGUUUAAUGACCUCUCCAUUGACCUUCCUCGAAGAAAGAAAUUCCUUCCUUCUCGGUCAAUCCAGGAUUCCCUUGACCUCUUUUUUCGGGCAGAAGAGAUCGAGUAUUCCUGUGAGAAGUGUGAUGGAAAGUUUGCUGUUGUCACACACAAGUUCAACAGGCUUCCCAGGGUCCUGAUUCUCCAUCUGAAACGAUACAGCUUCAAUGUAGCAUUAUCUCUCAAUCAUAAAGUCGGGCAGCAGGUGGUUAUUCCAAGAUACUUAACCCUCCUUUCACACUGCAUGGAGAGCACUAGGCUGCCGCUGACAUUGGGAUGGAGCGUCCAUUCCACAGUAUCCCGUCCAUUGAAAGCCUCCCAAAUGGUGAAUUCCUGUACUAUAAGCACUUCCAUAACUUGUAGAAAAUGCACUUUCAAGUCAAAGGGCUCUGCAGCACUCUAUGUAGAUUCUGACAGUGAUGAUGAACCCUUGAAACGCUCCAUUGCCCACAGCCAAAGGUUGUGUAACAUAGAGAGUAGAGAUCAGCAACAACUGCAAGAAGAGCCAGAAAAGGGUUCAAAGAGAAGUAAAAUGGAGGGUGAUAAACCUGAGCUGGGUAAUGCUGGUUUUGAUGGGAUGAGCGAAGUCGAGCUGCUAGCAGCUGUCUUAGAGAUUAGCAAAAAGGAAGCUUCUCUGUCUCUGAGCCAUGAUGAAGAUAAGCCCACAAGCAGCCCAGACACUGGUUUUGGAGAUGACGAAAUUCAGGAAUUGCCAGAAAACCUGGAAUCUAUGGAAAUGGAGAAACCCAAAGCAGCAUUAGACUCAGGUCCUGCCAAUUUCACUGAGAUAACUAAAGAUUUUGAUGAGAAUAAGGAAAACAAAACUCCAGAAGGCUCCCAAGGGGAGGUUGACUGGCUGCAGCAGUACGAUAUGGAGAGAGAGAGGGAAGAACAAGAACUUCAGCAGGCAUUGGCUCAAAGCCUUCAAGAGCAAGAGGCACGAGAACAAAAAGAAGAUGAUGACCUUCAGCGAGCCACAUUACUAAGUCUACAAGAGUUUAACAGCUCUUUCCUGGACAGCGCUGGUUCUGAUGAAGACUCUGGGAAUGAGGAUGUUCUUGACAUGAAGUAUUCAGAAGCUGAAGCAGAAGAGCUGAAAAGAAAUGCUGAGACAGGAGAGCUUCCUCACUCCUAUCGUCUCAUCAGCAUCGUCAGCCAUAUCGGAAGCACGUCAUCUUCAGGUCAUUAUAUCAGUGAUGUCUAUGAUAUCAAGAAUCAGUCCUGGUUCACUUACGAUGACUUGGAAGUGUCUAGAACUCUAGAGGCCACCGUUCAGUGUGACAGAGACCGAAGCGGCUACAUCUUCUUCUACAUGCACAAGGAUAUCUUCGAUGAGUUACUAGAAACAGAAAAAAAUGCACAGCCACUUAGCAUGGAAGUAGGAAGAUCAGUUCGUCAGCCUCUGUGAAGAGUAAAACACCUUGUUCCUCCUGAGGAACAAGGAGGAUUCUGAACUUGUGCCAGACAUGCAGGACUAACAAACAGCUCAGGGCCAAAACAAGAGACAAAAGGUAGAAAUAUGGGACGCUCAGUUUGUUGAACCAUCUGUGCAAGUCCUGGGCCUGAAACACGUUUAAACCUUGACAUCCCAGAGUGAUCCUCCUGCAGUGAAGUUUUUAUUGUUCCUCAAAUAAUUUUGUCAGCAUGGAGCCUUAAAGAGUUGCAUCAAGCCACAGGACUACAGCUGCUCAUAAACUGAUUUAAAAAAGAUAAAAAAUAGUGCAAAAAGAGACUUGACUUUAAAAGCCCUUUCACACCUGUGAGACAUUGAGACAUGAGUGGUGAAGAUUUACAUAUCACUUGGCUUUUUUUUUAGGGUUUUUUUUUUGUUUUUUUUUUUUUAGUUUUUCUUUUCUCCAAGAGCGAUUUAAGCAAUAGAUUCUGUAACCUGGUGUGUGUUGUGUUAGUAAUGUUCACUGGAGACCCAGAUUACUCAGUGGGCUCUUGCCAGUCAUCUCCCCAACAGGUGUUUUGGAAUCACUCAAGAUGUGUUUUGACAUCCAUGGGUUUGUAAGUGCUCUGCUGGUUACAUGCAAUUCCAGGAAACAAACUGUUGGUGCUGUGGAAUGUAUUGCAUACCUGGUGGCAGCUCUGUUGGGUUUGUUUUGUUCGGUUGGUUUUUUUACACCGUUCACUGUCAUUCUCCUUUAGAUGUGAGAUUAUAUUUGUGAUUUCUGUUGGUUUACAAGUUGUGUUAUUCGACUGUGUUUUCUUCAUAAGGUUGUUGCAUAAGUAGUGUGUGGAGAGGUCUCUCUCUGGGUGUGCAGUAUUUAGCACUGAAGCUGUAUUGCUUAGGGCUGCUUCCAUGUGACUAGGGGCAGACCAGGAAUGGUAGCAGGAGGUGGGCAACAGCCACCUGUCAUCUUCUGGGAGGGAAAGAACUUUCUAGCAUUACCCUUUUCUGCACAGGCCUGGGUCACGGUGAAUCAGGAACGGUGGGAAAAGGAAGGAUCUGCAGGAUGGCACUUGAAUUGCUCUGUGGUUGAACCAUGGUCUUGCCUUGAUCUUCUCAUAUGCCAGCAUUAGAGGGUUUUCACUGCAGCUAUGCCUCUGGUCUCCUUUCUGAGGAGUGCAGAGCACUCAUACUGUGAAACUAAACCAGGUGGAAAGCUUUUAGAGAGCCCAUGUUCAGCACUAACAGAACACGGUUAGGAAGAAGUGCUGUGUUUUGUUGGAUUUAGAGACACGAUGCUUCUUCUAUAGCUUGUUUCAGCAGUGAGGGAAAAGCCUCCUGACUUCAGUUUUUCAGCACCUUCACACUUAUUUAGCAGGGGCAGUAGUUUCCUUUUGCUGGCAUUUACUUCUUUCAGAGAAAAUGUUGCUGUUAAGCAGAGUAGUUGCUCUUGUUUUGGCCUCUAGUUCUGAGUUUCGCAGCUUGAGUUUUUGAGGUGAAAGGCUUCUUUUUAAAAAAGAAACAAAUAAAAGAGACCACCCUUUUUUGCUUUCAAGAUAGUUUCUGGGUUUUUUAAACUAUCAUUAGGAGUUUCUCAGGAAUAAAUGAACUGAAGCAAAGCAGACAAAACCAUUGAUUUAGGAGGCAGCAGGCUCCUCUUUCAUGGGUACUCCCACAUGGGAGUUUAUUCUAGCUGGCUGGCACAAGGAUGCUGCCUCAGUGGCCUCUUCUCCUCUCUGUGUGCCACAGUGAGCAACCUCCAUGGGUGGUUCCCCCCAAGCUGAGUAUCUGGGGAUCCCAGUGUGGUGCAAAGACUGACUGACCUUCCAGCUCAUGUGUGUGAAGAGCCUGGUGGACCUGAUCGGGGGAACUUCUUUGUGGUUUCUGAGCUAGGAGCCAGCAUUUGGUGGUAAACAUGAGAGAGCAUUUAUCUUGUAAGAGGCAGCCCAGUGGGUGUGUAUGUUAAUUUAUUACAAAGUGGUAUACUUUUCUAUUGUCAAUACUAAUUUUGGUAGAAUUCUGAGCAAUGGGAAAGAGGUAGUGACAUGGGAGCUGUCCUUUGGUUCCCCCUGCCUUAAUCUUGUUUCUGAAUGUUUCAAUUAAUGCUUUCCUGAACUGUUUUUUCAUUGUGAAUUGUUUCAAAUGAGUCUGCCGAGUCCCACAGCCUUGCAAAUCACUUCAGUUUAGAACCAGGAUUUUGUAAGAGUUUGCUCAAAGAGCAAACAAGUGGGAAACCCCUCUAAGCUUUCCCAGGUUGAGUUGGCUGUUAGCUGCCAAAGUGUGUCAUUUUAAGAAUGUACAGACACAGUCACAGCCUAGCUGAACUCUCCAGUUUGAUCCCAGCCUUGCUAACAGCAGACUCAGGCUCUAAUGCCACAUGUUAUCACUGAUCAUCCCUGCGAAUGUGACGAAGGGAACUGCUCCAUCCAGAGGGCAAAUCUCUUUUCCUCAAGCGCAUCCUAUGCUAGUGCUGUAAAUAAGUGGUGUUCCUGUAGUAUCAGAAGUCAGCUCUGCUUUUUUGGGUGGCAAGGUUGUUUUUGCAAGGCUCUGCACUUUGAUUAAUUUAUAAUAAAAGCAAAUAUUGCCUGA